UGAAUACAGUCGCUUGAAUACCAAAAUAUGAAGUGGUUCACUACUUACAUUGAUGAGUAUUUUACUGAUCCCGAGUUUCCAUCCUUGUCUUUUCCUAUAGUUUAUGUGAAACUACUUAAACUAUGGGACGCCCCGAGGGUAUACUAUGCGAUCCCGUGGUCUUUGGCCUUAGCACUAGUGAGUCAGGUCAUCUACAUUCCCUUCUCGGGUCGGCCGCUACAUUUUUUCGUAAACAUGUUUCAAACCGGCUUCUUCCACCUCGGAUUGACGAAACUGGCAUUCUUCUUCUGGAACUGGGAUAGGUGGAACAAAAUAAUCUACUGGCUAUCCGGUUUGGAAAGAGAGCAGCUAAGAGACGAGCAAUUAAAGACGAUCGUAAGCAGUUACAUAAAGUACAAUAAGCGCACCACAUGGUAUUUCUGGCUGUGCGGGAUGGGCACGUUUUUUGUUAACUACGGGGAGAAUUUCAUUAGUGUGAUAGUUCAGAUGGAGACGACUGGCGUGGUGGACCCGACGUAUGUGUCGUUCUUCUGGCUGUGGCCGACGGAGCCGAUGACGGGGGGCCGGCUCAACGUGUACCUCUACUUGGGGUUCCAGUUCAUCUACGCGUGGGGGGGCGUGUCCUACCUGCUGGUGUUCGACUCCAUGUCGGUGUCGGUGAUGAUGACGCUGGCCGGCCAGCUCGAGGUGCUCCGGGACAUGUUCCGAACGGCCCUCGACGAAGACACGGAAGAGAAGCAACACGAGAGUCUUAUUAAAUGUUACAAGCGAUAUAUCGAUAUUUUGGACACUCACAAGUUGAGCAAUGAAUUAAUGUCUCCAGUGUUGUUUUUAUACCUGCUGGUUGCAUCAAUUAAUAUGAGUUUGAUACUUUUCAGCCUACCAAAAUUGGGACUCUCGGCCACUAUAACGUCAGUGGAGUUAGUUGCUUCGUUGAUAGUCGAAGCUUUUUACUAUUAUUGGCAUGGACAGCAAGUUUUAUACCAGAGUGAGAUAAUAAGCGCUGCGGUGUACGAGUGUGACUGGGUCGACAAGAGUGCGGCGAUUCGUCGUCUUGUCUACAUCAUGUCCUCAACCACUGACAAACGACUCAUAUAUCAAGCCGGUCCUUUCAAUGAUGUGACGGUGGCCACUUUUAUAUCUUGUGUGAAGGUGACCUACAGUUUCUACAAACUUAUGACUACAACAGUAUCCUGAAAUCGGAGAGUCAACAUUAACAUCCUUAAAAUUACUUAAUAUUUCUUUCUUUGUCAAUUUCUGUACUUACAUUUUUCAUUGUUAUAAAUAAACAUUUCUA